GCCAUCAGCAUCAGCAAAGCCAUAAAUACACAGGAAGCACCGGUGAAGGAGAAACAUGCCCGACGGAUCAUCCUGGGGACACACCAUGAGAAGGGAGCUUUCACCUUCUGGUCCUACGCCAUUGGGCUGCCCCUGCCCAGCAGCGCCAUCCUCAGCUGGAAGUUCUGCCACGUCCUGCACAAGGUCCUGCGCGACGGGCACCCCAACGUCCUCCAGGAUUGCCAGAGGUACCGCAGCAACAUCCGAGAGACGGGGGACCUGUGGGGCCAUUUACAUGACAGGUACGGGCAGCUGGUGAGCAUCUACACACGGCUCCUCCUCGUCAAGAUCUCCUUCCACAUCAAGCAUCCCGAGUUCCCCCCGGGCCUCGAAGUGCCGGAUGAGGUGCUGGAAAAGACGGCAGGGACGGAUGUGAACAACAUCUUCCAGCUGACGGUGGAGCUGUUUGACUACCUGGACUGGGAGCUGAAGCUGUCGGAGUCAGUUUUUAGGCAGCUCAACACCUCGAUGGCGGUGUCGCAGAUGUCGGCGGUGCAGUGCCGCCUGGCCCCCCUCAUCCAGGUCAUCCAGGACUGCAGCCACCUCUACCACUACGCCGUCAAGCUGAUGUUCAAGCUGCACUCCUGUCUGCCGGCCGACACGCUGCAAGGCCACCGAGACCGCUUCCACGAGCAGUUUCGCAGCCUCAAAAACUUCUUUAAGAAAGCAUCCGACAUGCUGUAUUUCAAGCGGCUCAUCCAGAUCCCUCGGCUGCCGGAGAGCCCCCCAAACUUCCUGCGGGCAUCCGCGCUGGCCGAACACGUGAAGCCGGUGGUUGUUAUCCCUGAGGAAGCCCCCGAGGAUGAGGAGCCGGAGAACCUCAUUGAGAUAAGCACAGCUUCCACCAUGGAGCCACAGGUCACCUCGGAUAUAUUUGACCAAACCUUUGGGCCUCCCAAUGGCAUUCGGGAUGACAGGGAUGCACAGAUCGAGAGCCUGAAGAAGGAGGUGGACAUGCUCCGCGCAGAGAUGGAGAAGAUUAAACUGGAGGCGCAGCGGUACAUCACGCAGCUCAAGGCGCAGGUGAACAGCCUGGAGGGAGAGGUGGAGGAGCAGCGCAAGCAGAAGCAGAAGGCGCUGGUGGACAACGAGCAGCUGCGGGAUGAGCUGGAGAAGCUGCAGAGGGUGAAGCAGGACAGCGACAGGUCCCAGCGGCUCUGUGCCGAAGCAGAAAAGAAAGCCACCGCCACUGAGAUCCGCUACACAAAGCUGAAGGAGAAGCACAGUGAGCUCAUCAACACGCACGCCGAGCUCCUGAGGAAG